GCCACUGGCAGCGACACAGAAUACCACCAUCAAGUACCACCAUCAAGCACCACCAUCGAGUACCACCGACGCUGAAUUCACUUUCUCCGGCCAACGAUUGAUCUGUGCGCCCAGCGUCGGACAGUUGAGAAUCAGAAGGAUUCUGGGCUGAUAGGCCUACGCGAUCACGGCGGGUACUACAUCGCGAAGUAACUAAGUACUAACUUUUUUCCCAACGGUUUUUUUUCUGUGGUCGGUGUUAUGUGGUGAAGGUGUUGGGUAUACUACUGCAAUUUUUUCACGCACUCUAGUCAUUAUGGAGGUGAUUUUCGGGCUGCCCCUAUGCCUAUGCACUCUUCUCUCAGUCCUGCCCGCCCUGGCAUCGCAGCCGCCCGCGGCCGACCUCGCCGUCGCCCACUACACACGCACGCUGCCCGGCGACCUGCGGCCCAUCGUACAGCACGCGCUACUGGCCGAGACCCUGGUCGCGGGCGGGUCCGACUGCCGCGCGGAGGCCGCGGUCGACUGCCCGCCCAUGAAGUUCCGCCGGCCGUCGGGCGAGUGCAACAACGUGCGGCACCCGCGAUGGGGCACCAGGGGCGACCGGUUCUUGAGGCUGCUGCCGCCCAGUUACGCUGACGGCAAAUCGCAGCCGAGGCAGUCCGUCACUCCGCACCCCCUCCCCAACCCGCUUUCCGUGGCUGCCGCCCUGCAGGCCGCCCCCGCCCCCGCCCACGAGUCGGUGACCGCCCUGGCGGGCGCGUGGAGCGAGCUGCUGCUGCACGACCUCGCCGGCACAGGCAAUCUGCGCAGCCUCGACUGCUGCGGCGAGGGCGCCAAGAGGCACGCGGAGUGCAUGGGCAAGCUGGGCGGAGGGCAAUGCAAGGAGUACAUGAGGACGUUGCCUGCGCUGGACGAGGAGGACUGCAAGUUUGAAUACCGCAACCAGAUGAACCUGGCCAGCGCCUUCCUUGACGGCAGCGCCAUCUACGGCCAUACCGACAACCAAUUGGACAGCUUGCGCACCUACGACGCCGGCCUCGUCAACGUGUCAGCAUGCGCCGCCUGCCGCGCCAACGCCCUCUAUUCCGCCAUCUUGAAGGAGCACAACAGGGUGGCCGUGGACCUGGCUAAGUUGAACAGGCACUGGCCAGACGAGACCCUGUUCUUGGAGAGCAGACGGAUCGUCAUCGCGGAGAUACAGCACAUCACGUACAACGAGUACCUGCCGAUCAUUCUCGGGGAGGAAGCCAUUGUUCAUUCUGAGCUCGAACUGAAGACUCAUGGACGGUUUUCAAAAUACUCGAGCGCUGAACGAGCAGGUGUCUUCAACGAAGUGGCAAUGACAGCUUUACCAGCUCUCUUAUCCACACUGCCAAAUAGUUUGGUUAACCAAACUGCUGAAACGUUUGCCGAAAUGGUCGAUUUCCUUAUCAGCACUGCCUCUCAGAAUCCAAGUCUGCAUAUCAACGUCCCAGUGCGCAAAGAUUGGGACACAGCUAGUCUUUUCAUCCACAUGGGACGGGAUCACGGUAUUCCAUCGUACCCGAAAUUCCUACAAUACUGUACCAACUCGACCAGCAAGAAGCCGAUGACUUUCGACGAUCUCAAAAAUUUCGGAAUCAAAGCGGAGUUUAUAAAAGCCUUGAAAUAUUUGUACAGGAGCCCACAAGACAUAGAUCUAUUGGUUGGUGCGAUACUUGAGAAACCAAUCCCAGGAGCGAUGAUGGGCCCCACAUUCAACUGCCUCUUGAAAGAACAGUUCAAGCUAUUAAAGAAGUCAGACAGAUUCUGGUACGAAAACGAUCUCCCUCCAAGCUCUUUAUCUACUGGUCAGCUCAAAGAGAUCAAGAAGAUAACUAUCGCCGGACUAUUGUGCGCCAAUACUGAUGACUUGGAAAAGAUCCAACCAAAAGCUUUCGUCCAAGAAGAUACCUACUUGAAUGCCAGGAUUUCCUGUGAUCAGCAUCCCUUGCCGCAGAUCUCUGAAUGGGUGGUGAUGGACCAUAUGGCUGAUUUGUCAGAGGAUCUGUUGAUGGAUGCUUUAGAUAAGGCUGAGCGUGAUGUGUUAGAACGAAGGAAGAUGGAGUAUAGGGUUUGGAGUACGGUUGGAGGUGUCAACCCGAAAUCUGGCCAAGGAAGUGCAGCUUCUUUCAGCAAAGCCAACAAAGGUGCACUGCAGCUGGCCAAUACAUCAUUGCUCUUUGAAUUCGCUUCCAAUGAAAUCGUUAAUAGUAUACUACACCGCAGAAGGAAGCGACAGCUCUUCGAUGAAAAUAUCAUCCCAUCAAUAUUCAGGGAUGAACUAACUGAUACUCUGCAACAAGUCGAUCUGGGAUCCUUGCUUCCUUCUCAGUCCUUCGAUGUCGAUGUCCACUGUGAUGAUAAUGGACCAUGUGAUCCUAGUAGUCCAUUCAGAACUUAUACCGGCCAUUGUAAUAAUUUAAGGAAUCCAACUUAUGGAAAAAGUCUGACUAUUUUCAACAGGUUGUUGCCAAGUGUUUACGACGAUGGUAUUUCUAAGCCACGUUCUAUUGGUGUUACUGGUACCCCACUGCCAAAUCCACGUGUAGUUUCUCGUGUGAUUCAUCCUGAUAUCAGUAAUCUACACAAUCGUUAUACCUUGAUGACAAUGCAGUUUGCUCAAUUCUUGGACCAUGAUCUCACUAUGACACCUAUUCAUAAAGGUUUCUUCGAGUCCAUCCCCAACUGUAGACCUUGCGACAGUGCCAGAACCGUCCACCCAGAGUGCAACCCCUUCCCAGUGCCCCCUGGUGACCACUUCUACCCAGAAAUCAACAUCACCUCGGGUGCCAGGAUGUGCUUCCCUUUCAUGAGGUCGCUGCCCGGCCAGCAGAGACUCGGUCCCAGGGAACAAGUGAACCAGAACACGGCCUUCCUGGAUGCCUCCCAGGUUUACGGCGAGAACCACUGCGUUCUCAGGGAUUUGAAGGGGCAGUUCGGUAAGAUGAAUGCGACCGUGCAUCCUGUGAGAGGAAAGGAUCUCCUGCCGCAGAGCGACAAGCAUCCUGAGUGCAAGUCGGCUUCUGGACAGUGUUUCAUCGCAGGGGACGGAAGAGCCUCCGAGCAACCAGCCCUCACCGCCAUCCACACCAUCUUCAUGCGCGAACAUAACCUCAUUUCGGACGGCCUGCGCCGCACCAACCCGCACUGGGACGAGGACAAGGUGUUCGAGCAUGCGCGGCGCAUCCUCAUCGCCGAGACGCAGCACGUGACCUACAACGAGUUUCUUCCGCGCGUGCUCGGUUGGAACGCGAUGAACCUGUACGGGCUGAAGCUGCUGCCGCAAGGAUAUUAUGACGGUUACAAUCCCGGUUGUAACCCGUCUGUAGUGACGGAGUUCGCAGCUGCGGCGUUCCGAAUUGGACAUUCGCUGCUGAGGCCACAUAUACCCAGAUUGAGUCCCACCUAUCAAGUCAUCGAUCCUCCACUCCUCCUUCGUGACGGUUUCUUCAAAACCGAUCUGAUGAUGAGAGAGAACAUGGUCGACGAGAUCUCCAGAGGCCUGGUCUCGACUCCCAUGGAAACCCUGGACCAAUUCAUUACCGGAGAAGUCACUAAUCACCUGUUCGAAGAUCGCAGAAUUCCGUUCUCCGGUAUCGAUUUGAUCGCCUUGAACGUCCAGAGAGCUAGAGACCACGGCAUACCGUCCUACAACAACUACAGAGCUCUGUGCAAUCUUAAGAGGGCUACCAGUUUCGAGGACUUGGCAAGGGAAAUUCCUCCUGAGGUGAUAUCCAGGUUGAAGAGAAUCUAUGCAUCGGUAGACGACAUCGAUCUGUUUCCUGGAGGAAUGAGUGAGAGGCCACUGCAAGGAGGACUCGUUGGGCCUACUUUCGGUUGCAUCAUUGCCAUUCAGUUUAGACAGUUGAGGAAAUGUGACAGAUUCUGGUACGAGAACGAGGACCCAGCCGUCCGCUUCACCGAAGCCCAACUAGCCGAACUACGGAAAUCCACCCUAGCCAAGAUCUUCUGCGAGAACAUGGACGUGGAGGGCGAGAUGCAGCGGGCGGCCUUCGACCUGCCCUCUAACUUCCUCAACCCGCGGGUGCCCUGCCACUCGCUGCCCUCCAUCAACCUGAACGCCUGGCAAGAAUCGGCGCACGGCCGGGGGUGUAUUAUCGGGGAUAAGCAGGUGGGGGUGGGGGAGUCGGCGUUCCCGAGUCCUUGUACCAGCUGCGUCUGCACUGCGGAAGGGGGUAACUGCGCCUCCCUGAGGAUAACCGACUGCAGACAGCUGAUGAGAGAGUGGUCUCGUGAGGCCAUCUUGCGCGACGAGGUCUGCACGGCCCAGUGCGGCUUCCUGCUCAGAGGGCGGUCUUCCGUCCCGCGUGGCCUGAGCCCGCCCCCGCCCAGGAACGGCAGGGCGGGCCGACCGCCCCGCUUCCAGGACUCCGGCUUCGACGGCUUCGGGGGGUUCAAGUUUCCUGAUCUCUCGCCCUUCAUUGCCAAGUGAAUGAAUGGACCGUGACGUGUAUUUAUGACUGUUGAUUGUUAUAUUGAGAGUGUUUUGUUGUCUCUCUGAAGUGAAGUGUUGUAUGUGCAUAUCAAAGGUUAUCGAGUAGAUUGAGCUUCAAGGUUCUUGCUUUUACAAUAAUGGUUACCGUGAAUUUCCCAGAAAGCACAUAGGGACUAUAUGACUUCUAGAAGACGAUAUUACUUUCGACUGAAAGACGUCUUAUGCCAUCCAAAAUGAAGUCUAAAUGAGGUAGUGAAGUCACAGCUGAUUGAAGUCACUUUCAAGGUCUUUUAUUGGACGUCAAUGCGGUGUUCAAUUAUGAAUUGGACGUCGUAGCGACCACUAUUUCUCGAGAAAUAUGGCCAAACUUCUCGUUUUGAGGUUUGUUUUAAUCAUCACCUGAAUGAGGAACAAUUUAAUAAGAGGAAACCUUGUUUUCAUAUGAUAUAUUCAUUCAUUACAGAAAUUACAAUCACUCAGAGCUCAACUGAAAUUGAGCACAAUAUCGAAACAGAUCAAUUUUCUAUAUCCAUGAAUAUUUGGAAUCAACAGAACUCACUGUAUUCCAUAUUGAAAUUGACGGUCAUCUGGCAUCUGUCAUCUGCAUGAUAUAUGAUAAAUAUUGCUGUAUUCUGGGAAAUUGAAUUCAUUAUAUCCGCAAUCUUCUUUUUUGUGGCUGUCCAUCACAAAAUACAACAUUGAGGUGAUAAAAUAUCGUCACUAUAAGGUACCUAUAAAUAAUCAGAUAUUGACAGCUGACGUGAAUCGUAACCUCCGGCUCGAAUAUAUGCUACUGCCAUCUGAUGCUUCAUUCUGUCAGGAUCUAUUGUGCAAUUAUCAUUCUUGAAUCUCAAUAUUUAUUAUUCACCAGAAUAAUAUAACUGAGUAGGAAUUGUAAAGACGGCAACAUUGUAAAGAGGUACAAACUGCUCAGUUCGGGUUUGGUCACGUUUGAUUCAUGUUCGGCUACAUUCUUUCUGACGACUUUUGUGCCGCCUGAACAAGAAAAUGCUGUGAUUGGUGGGAUUUUGUGGGCUAGUUCGAAUUAUCAAAAGAAAACACUUUCUGAGAUUGACAACGGUGUGAAGACCAGAUAUUGACGUUCGCAAGGCGUCUAAAAGUUGCCGUCUAUGUGGCGUUGGGAAAACGACGCCAUUUUUACGUCAUGAUUUUGACAAGUGACAAAUGAGACCAUAAAUGACCAAAGUUAGCGAGCGGUCCUAUAGUCGUAAUUUUUGUCAGUGUGGCUACCUGGGUUACAUCCCCUUGAAGCUCGUACCACUGUAAAGUGGCUGAAGAACCAGUACUCUCAAUCAUUUUCGGCACCUUUGAUGUCCGUUUCACUGAUUUGUUAUGUGCGCAACCAUUAUUUCAUGCUACAAGGACCAGGUUGCUUAUUGCAUCGUGAUCACAAUAAUGGGACACAUAAUAUCCAACAAGGAGAGAUGAAACUCUAUACGUCGGAACCUUCAAUAUUAGAAUCCCUCUAUUGGGACUCUGGAACUCGUAAGUCUCCAACGAACAUCUAACGUAACAUCAAUUGCGCACUUCUUUUAGUCUUCUGGGCACGAGUCGGCUGUUGCCAAAUUUGAUUUGGGUACAAAAUUUUACUGGAAAGAAACACCUGAGAAUGGUUUUUCAAAAGGAUUGAACUGUGUUUAAACUGUUGAUAUAUUAGAGAUGAAUCAUUGAGUAACAUCAUCAAUUAUUCUCAUCGAGACUUGUUCAAGGGGAUGUUAGGAAACUAAAAAAAUUGAUUACACAGAAUCUAAUGUUUCAAGAUCAUUAUAUAAUUUUUCACUAUGUUGUACAAUAUUGAAGACGUGUUACAUAGGACAGUCUAAUAGUCUCGCUAACAAUCGGAGUGUGUACUUGAAACAUUACGAUGUAUGUCGUUAUAAAAUUAUGCACAUACCCGAUUCCACUUUCUGAUUUCAAUAACAAGUUUUCACAUGCAACGACUGCUUUCACUGAUAAACUAGCAAAACUCUGAUUGAAUUUUGAAGAAACUAAUAAAAUACAUACAACACUCUGCUUUUGAGAGAACGAUAUGUAGCUCGCGCAAUAUGUGUUCUUUAAUAACUGGAAGAAACCCAAAAAUACACAUAGGUAGUAUACCUAUGCCGCUCCAGGACCGAUCGUCCAUACUGAAUAGGUAUAUAAAUGGUGCCAAUUUGAAACUUUCUCACCCCUAAUAUCUCCCUUCCUGUUAAUAAUAUGGAAAAUUGCAAUGACAUGUCGUUUUCAUUUUCAAUGGGGACACUUCAAAUGGAUAUUUCUAGCUCCCAUGGUUCAACUCCCCAGGAGAGGUAGAUUUUACCCUCCAAAUUCUUGAAUGAGAAGGAGGGUCGAAUGGCAUAUGAUUUUAAAAGCCGUUCGAUUCCCAUUCCUUUUUGCUCCAUUAUUUUUUCAUGACUGGUUCUGAAAAAUACCGUUGAGUAAUUAGAACAUGGCUCUGGCUCAAAAGGCUGGCAGCUGUUGAACAAUUGUUUGCUAAAAAAAACGAAGCUCACCAAUGAACCAUCAAUGGAAUUCCAGCGAUGAUAUUCAUAAAUGCAAUAAAAACGCGAAUGAACUACCAUCAGAAUAUCACUAUUGGAAGUAGUAGUAGUAGUAUUGUGGGGAGGCUGUAGCCAGGCAAGUAGGCCCCCAUGGGCCCUUUCUGCCAACCCCUGCUCUCCACAUAUCUACACAUCCCUCUUUUAGUUGUCCUUUUCGAACCUUCCCGUCCUCCUGAUGAAGGUCAGGAUGUCCGUCCACUCUAAUUCGACCAAAUCUUCCUGUUGUAGUUUAUCUACUCCAAAGAUUUCGAAUCUCAUCCUUCCAUACGCCUCACACUCUCCGGGGAAGUGAAGUGAUGUCUCCUCAUCUUCUCCGCAUUCACUAUUUAUUUUGAAAACUCAUUAUUGUUUGUUUUUAACUGAUGGCUACUAUUGCCCCUGAUGGAGAAUAGGAAUCUAACCAUUUUCACUGGAAGGAAAGUCGAAACAAUUAUUUUUUUGAAUUCUAACUUGCGAAAACC